AUGUUAUUUACUUCGCUUACCGCGGUCUUCGCGGUACUAAUCGUGACCAACGCGGAUCCUACUCCGAACACUAAAGAUGGUGGUCCGAUUGCGGAGCUGCCCGAAAAUUGGGACCAAACAAAAGACGAUACGCAAUCUUUGUUUUUGAACAAAAGCGAUAAGAAUGAUCUAGAACCUUAUCCUCUUGCUCUCAGUGAAGAAGGUAAUUCAGAAGGAUUUGAACAUACAGGAGAGCUUGAUAACCUUAUUAUGAGGCCUGAGUUAUAUGGUGAGCCCCCAGCAAUGGAAGGGUUGUCUCCUGGAUACGAGUCUAGACGCCGUAAGCGUGGGAGCGGAAAAGUCGGAGCAGGUGCUGCUACAAAAGUUGCAACUAAAUCAGGCUCAGGGAAGAAAAAUCUAAAACCUAAUGAAGCUCCUAUGCCUAUUGACUCUGCUAUUCAAGAACACGAGAACAAUCGCAGGAAACGUGGAAGCGGCACUAAAGUCAACGGCGCAGCAGCCUCUGCCAAGUCAAUUUCAAAAAAUUCCGGCGGAAAUAAAAAGAACUUUAGACCAAUCUCGGAACGUCGCAAGAGGGACUCCGGCUUAAGCGCCGCCGAUGUCAGAGCCCUGCUUAAUUUUUGGGAAGCACAGGAGCGUAGGAAGCAAGAGUGGAACGCGAACCAACGGGCAGAUUACUAUGGCCGCGUUAACACGCUGGAUGAAGAACCUGAAGAUGACAACGAAGUAUGGUAUAACGAACCCGUGCUCCUAGACCCGAGCGAGAGGGACUAUCCUCGUCAUUCGUACUUCUCCGAACAAAAUCGUAUUCCUUUGAACGACAUGUACCCUGAUCCCAAUGAAUUAUUACAACGGUAUGAAGAAGCACGCCGCAAGAGAAUGUAUGUAAAUAAGAUGAAGCGAUUUAUGGUAGCUCGGAAGCGAUCUGAUGGUCACCAGAAUAACUAUCGGACUCGCGAUGAUCUAUACACACUAGCGGAACUAUUACGCUCUGGGCCACGCGUUCAAGAGCAAGAUAUUCCCCUAUACCGCCGACUGAUACUU